AUGCACAAGACAACGUCUCCUCAGAUAGGAGAUGCUCCUUGUCAUCGCGAUAGACGUGAAAGGUAUCUUAGAAAAUAUAAGAAUUGGGGACCGAAACCAGUUGAAAGGUCCUUGGUAAAAACAGGAAUUCAAGAAUUAGAGCCAUAUGUAGAAAAACCUCGCAAAAGCGCACCGCAUUACUUAUCUGAAAAUCAUCCAGUUACUAGAUCUGUAAAAAUAGAACCAGAAAAUACAAGUAAUUUAACAAUUAUUAGAUUGGGUGAACCGAAUGUAGUCAUGAUAGAUAGACAGUGUAGAACUCCAACAAUCCCAUCAAGAUUAAAGAUAAAAACUUCAAUGACACCUAAAUCACAUACCUCAACUCGUGAAUACGAUCAUUCUAAAUCUUUAUCAUGGAAAUAUUAUGGAGAAGUCGAUAACCAAAUGGGUUGCUUAACUGAACACAUAAGAGUUCGACAAACUCCAAGAUUAUACGCUCAUACUGCUUUGUUUUCUUCUCGAAAUCCUAGUUCGUUGUUAACAACCCCAACAAAUAGCUCUUCCCGUUUCCAAACUACAUAUUAA